UGAAUGACUAAGUACCACAAUACUACUUUAUAUAUAGUACUCUGGUGGCUUAUACUGUGUUACGCAAGCAGCAUUACCACAAACACACACACACACACGGUCUGUGACUGCAGCCUGUGUGUGUGUAGAUCUCUGUAACAGCCGAGGAGAAGGAGAGUCUGGAGCAGGAACAGGAAUAUCCUCCUCCUGAGUCAGUGCCACGACGCUGACACACACACACACACACACACACUCAGCAGCUCCCCCGCGGCUGCGCUGCCUCUGCUCCAUAAUCAGCAUCCUAUGCUAUUCAGCUCAAGAUGGCGGUGCAGGCAGCGGAGAACGACAGCAUAAAUGUGGAGGACGACCAUCUGAACGACUCUCUGGGGAACCCGGGCCUCAUCUCUCCUGAUAAGGAGGAUUUAUCUCGUCUACUGACGGUGCCGUUCAGCGGACGUAUCCGUGGAGGAAUGCGACCAGGGAAGAAGAUCAUAGUGAUGGGAAUCAUCGACCUGGAACCAGAGAGCUUCGACAUCAGUCUGACCUGCGGCCGUGACUCGGAGAAGGAGGAGAAGCAGCAGCGCGACGUGGCCCUGAAACUCACAGCCCGCUUCGGAGACCGACAGUUCCUGCGCAUGGCCUGUGUUUCUGGGAAAUGGACGGAGGAGGAGGCAUCCACCGUCUACUUCCCCUUCAUCCCCGAUCAGCCCUUCAGGGUGAGGCGUCCAUGUUUCUGUCCUUCAGGUGGUUGUUGGUGCCACGCCCGUCUGAGGGAUUUCAUAUCUUACAAUUUACGUCUUUUCUUUGUAGUGUUGUUAUUUACGCAGCUAAAAUCAUUAUAUAUUCUAAUGCAAACUGGAAACGUUAUGACCCAAGUCAAUAUUUAUUUUUAUUUGUUGCUACUUUGUUUUUGCUAAUAUAUUAGUUUACCA